AUGAAGUCAUUUAUCGUUCUUGCUUUUCUUGCGGCUGCGGCCUGUGGUAGCCCAGCAGCUGAACAUACUGCGUAUAAUUACCAUGAAAACAUUGGUAUCAAAGAAGCUAUUAGAAUUAAACAACUUGAAGAAGCAAUUGACUUCGAUGGAUCUAGAAUUAUUGGUGGAUCCCUUUCAUCCUUGACACAAACACCACAUUUGGGUGGUCUUUCGAUUCUUCUGACCAAUGGCUGGUCCUCUGUAUGUGGAUCCUCACUGCUUUCAAACACCAAAGCCGUCACCGCAGCUCACUGUUGGACGGAUGGCAGACACCAAGCCCGUCAAUUCACAGUAGUACUGGGAUCCCUCAGAUUAUUCCAAGGUGGUGUUCGAAUCACCACCAGUAAUGUUGUUAUGCAUCCACAAUGGAACCCGAACACUGCUAGUAACGACGUUGCCGUUAUCACAAUGAACUACGUCAACUUCAAUAAUCAUAUCCAGCCCAUCGCUUUGGCAUCCGGCAGUAACGAAUACGUUGGUACGUGGGCGGUCGCUGCAGGUUACGGCGCUACUUCUGAUUCUCAAGGUGGUAUACCAAAUAACACUGCCAGAAGACAUGUAAGCCUCAGAGUUAUAUCAAACGCCGAAUGCCGCAGAACCUUUUCCUUUAUCGCCUCCUCUGUGAUUUGUGUAGAAACACAAGGUGGCCGAGCCAGUACCUGUGGUGGUGAUUCUGGUGGCCCUCUUGAUAUUGGAAGUGGAAAUUCUAGGGCAUUGAUCGGUAUUACAUCCUUUGGACAUGCUGCCGGAUGUACACGUGGAUUCCCAGCAGGUUUUGCCCGAGUCACCUCUUUCCGCUCCUGGAUCAGCAGUCGCCUAUAA